GACAGGCUUGAGAUCGGCUGAAGAGAGCGGGCCCAGGCUCUGUGAGGAGGCAAGGGAGGCGAGAACCUUGUUCUCAGAGGGUGACUCAAGUCAACACAGGGAGCCCCUCUUUUCUGCAGACACGGUGGGUCGCAGGAUCUGACAAGAGUCCAGGAGCUCCAGGGACUGUGAGGUGAGGCCUUGGUCUAAGGCAGUGUUUUCAGGUCACAGAGCAGAGAGGGCCCAGACAGUGCCAAGAGUCAAGGUGAGGUGCAUGCCCUGAAUGUGUACCAAGGGCCCCACCUGCCCCAGGACAAAGUGGACCCCACUGCAUCAGCUCCACCUGCCCUACUGUCAGUCCUGGAGCCUUGGCCUCUCCCGGCUGCAUCCUGAGGAGCCAUCUCUCACUUCCUUCUUCAGGUUAUCGGGGGACAGGGAGACCAAGAGGUCAAGAGCUGUGGGACACCACAGAGCAGCACUGAAGGAGAAGACCUGCCUGUGGGUCCCCAUCGCCCAACUCCUGCCCACACUCCCACCUGCUACCCUGAUCAGAGUCAUCAUGCCUCGAGCUCCGAAGCGUCAGCGCUGCAUGCCUGAAGAAGAGCUUCAAUCCCAAAGUGAGACACAGGGCCUCCAGGGUGCACAGGCCCCCCUGGCUGUGGAGGAGUAUGCUUCAUCAUCCACUUCCACCAGCUCCUCUUUUCCAUCCUCUUUUCCCUCCUCCUCCUCUUCCUCCUCCUCCUCCUGCUAUCCUCUAAUACCAAGCACCCCAGAGGAGGUUUCUGCUGAUGAAGAGACACCAAAUCCUCCCCAGAAUGCUCAGAUAGCCUGCUCCUCCCCCUCGGUCGUUGCCUCCCUUCCAUUAGAUCAAUCUGAUGAGGGCUCCAGCGGCCAAAAGGAGGAGAGUCCAAGCACCCUACAGGCCCUGCCAGACAAUGAGUCUUUACCCAGAAGCGAGAUAGAUGAAAAGGUGACUGAUUUGGUGCAGUUCCUGCUCUUCAAGUAUCAAACGAAGGAGCCAAUCACAAAGGCAGAAAUACUGGAGAGUGUCAUAAAAAAUUAUGAAGACCACUUCCCUUUGUUGUUUAGUGAAGCCUCCGAGUGCAUGCUGCUGGUCUUUGGCAUCGAUGUAAAGGAAGUGGACCCCACUGGCCACUCCUUUGUCCUUGUCACCUCCCUGGGCCUCACCUAUGAUGGGAUGCUGAGUGAUGUCCAGAGCAUGCCCAAGACUGGCAUUCUCAUACUUAUCCUAAGCAUAAUCUUCAUAGAGGACUACUGCAUCCCUGAGGAGGUCAUCUGGGAAGCACUGAAUAUGAUGGGGCUGUAUGAUGGGAUGGAGCACUUCAUUUAUGGGGAGCCCAGGAAGCUGCUCACCCAAGAUUGGGUGCAGGAAAACUACCUGGAGUACCGGCAGGUGCCUGGCAGUGAUCCUGCACGGUAUGAGUUUCUGUGGGGUCCAAGGGCUCAUGCUGAAAUUAGGAAGAUGAGUCUCCUGAAAUUUUUGGCCAAGGUAAAUGGGAGUGAUCCAAGAUCCUUCCCACUGUGGUAUGAGGAAGCUUUGAAAGAUGAGGAAGAGAGAGCCCAGGCCAGAAUUGCCACCACAGAUGAUACUACUGCCAUGGCCAGUGCAAGUUCUAGUGCUACAGGCAGCUUCUCCUACCCUGAAUAAAGUAAGACAGAUUCUUCACUGUGUUUUAAAAGGCAAGUCAAAUGCCACACGGUUUCAUUCAUAUGUGGAAUCUAAAAAA